AUGCCGGCGGCCGGCGCCGCUGCCGCCUGCGGGGACGGCCGGGACGAGGCCGAGCGGUGCCUGGGCCCCGCGGGGCGGCUGGCGGCCGCCGUGUGCCUGGGCGCCGUGGGCAGCCUGGGCUUCUGCAGCAACCUGCUGGUGCUGCUGCUCUUCUGGCGCUUCCCGGCGCUGCGCUCCCCCAUCAACCUGCUGCUGCUCAACAUCGCGCUCAGCGACCUGCUGGGCUGCGCCCUGGGCACCCCGCUCGGGCUGGCCGCGGGGGCUGCCGCCGCUCCGGGGGCCGCCUGCGCCUGGCACGGCUUCGCCACCGCCCUCUGCGGCAUCAUCUCACUCAUCUCCCUGGCUGUGCUCUCGUACGAGCGUUGCUGCACCAUGACGAGGACAGCAGAGCCUGACACCACCAACUACAGGAAAGCAUGGACAGCCAUCAUCCUGUCCUGGACAUACUCCCUGCUCUGGACUGUUCCCCCGCUUCUUGGCUGGAGCAGCUAUGGGCCAGAAGGACCAGGGAUAACCUGCUCUGUGAACUGGCAUUCCAAGGAUGCCAACAAUGCAUCCUACAUCAUCUGUCUUUUCAUCUUUUGCCUUGUAAUCCCUUUUGCCAUCAUUGUCUAUUCCUAUGGGAAGCUGCUCUGUGCUGUCAGACAGGUGAGCAGCGUGCACAGGGGGCCGGGCCGGAGCCGGGAGCAGCGCAUCCUGCUCAUGGUGGUGGUGAUGGUGGUGUGCUUCCUCCUCUGCUGGCUGCCCUAUGCAGCUGUGGCACUCCUGGCCACCUUUGGGCAGCCUGGCCUCAUCACCCCUGCAGCCAGCAUCAUCCCAGCCAUCCUCGCCAAGAGCAGCACUGUCUACAACCCCAUCAUCUACGUGUUUCUGAACAAACAGUUUUACAGGUGCUUUGUGGCGCUCCUGAGGUGCAACAAAUCCCCCCAGAGUUCCUUGCCCAGGCUAAAAAAGCAACAACAAAACCCAGCUUCUGAAGAGCUUCUGCCAAAGCCCAACCAAGCCCAAAAGAGAGAUCCAGAGCGUGGGGCUGUAGGAGGGCUCCAAGAGGCAACCUGCAUGUGAGGAGAGGAGGCGAAGGGCUCUCCAGCAGGGAGUGGUCAGCCUGCAGAUGGCCUCUCUCCCCCUGCUUUGGAUUCUGCUUCUCCAAAAAGUCUCACGUUGCUUUUCAAUACAAACCUGAAUAGAUCCUGAUGAACUCUGCAGUUACAGACCUCUCCUAAAAUUUAAAGUGCAUGUAUUGGUUAUGUUUCAAACUUUAGAAAUUGCCGCUGAAGCUUAGGAAAAUAAGUCUUUUGGGGACUUUUCCUUUUAAUUAUCAGCUUACGGAGUUACUGCACCAAAAGAUAACUUCCUCCCAGCACUCAGUGAAGAAGCAGCUCUGAAUGCACAGCACUCAGCUGGGUAAAGCCCCUGUCUCUGAAAUCUCUGGAAAAUGCCAGUUUGUGAGCAUUAGGAAGAAAGCAGGGCGACUCCAGCCCUUUGUGAAGGGUGGGACUGAGGGCAUCCGUGGGGCCAGCAGGGCCAGGCAGGCAUGGGAGGCUGUGAGCAGAGCACAGCAGCCCUGGCAGCAGUGGGGACAGGUUGGUUUCAGCAGAACCGUCCCGUGAGCCCAGCAGGGAGGCUGGGGGACCCUCCACAGGACCUUCCUCCUGGGGAUCUUUGGGAGGGAAGGGACAGGUGGUGCCUCCUACAAACACAAAAGCAUUGGAAAGCUUCAGAAGUGCAGCUGGAGGAAGAAUUAUAAACAAACAAACAAACAAAGAGGGGACAACCUUCUCCCUCGUCAAUUCUGAGGACAAUCUCAGUAUUUUGACAAGAUUUUCAUCCUAAAUUGGAAGGAAAACAUGAAAUAGCACCAUUCUGUGGAGAAUUACUUUUCAAAUUCCAAAUGCCACGGGAAUGCCUUCUUUCAGAGGAGUUUCACACAGAGGCAAACCCACAGCCCUGCCAACACAGCUGUCAAAAACUUGUACCACAGUGCUGUAAUUACCAUAAUUAGCCAACACAGGGGUCUGGGUGAGUGAACACUCCGUACAUAUCAUUACCAGGGUACCUGUUCCAAAAGGAUAUUUUUGAUUUUUCAGAUGAUCAAAGCUGUCUUUUUCUUCCAGGGAUGUGGGUUUAUUUUGUCUUUGCAAUAUUAACAAAAGCUUCCUUGUAGUCACAACGUUAUUUCACAACCUAUUUCUUUCAUUAUCCCUAAACCACAAUUGUACUAAUAACCUAAAUAACACCAAAUGUUUUAAAAUACAGAAGCAGAAGCCAUGAAUUGAGGUUUUUACUGAGGUUAUAUUAGUGGAUGAAAUCAAAGCAAUAGAUGCACUUACUGCUAAGCAAUACCAAUAAAUUAUUUAUUCCCAAGCACAUAUUUUUAAAGAGUAGCUUGUUAUUUUCAGAUUAGAAAGCAUGCCAGGAAAUUUUCAGUUCUUCUUUUCCCUCGAUAUUGUCUCUAGGUGGAUUGUUAAAUUCCAGUAUGAAUUCCUGCAUUAAUAAUAGUAUUGCAGCUCUGUGACUGGUGGUUUUUGUACAUGCAAAGAUUUGUUCUUAGAGCAUACAAAUCUGGCAUUGGUAGGUGUCUUGGAGGCUUUAAAUAGUUCAUGGUUUGUGAUACAAAUGUGUGUUUUCAACAUAAAUUGUUGGUUUCUGCUC